GAGUUUACCUCCCUCCCUCCCUCCCUCCUUCCCGGCCUGGGCGUCGCGGUCUGGGACCCCUUCGUCCGCCCAGAGCAGGCUGCCAGUCCUCCUCGGCGGGGCCUGUGCCCCGCGCCGCUCCCGGGGCCUCCUGCCGAGCCCGAGGCUCACGCCGAGAGGGACGCGCAGUGACGAGCGGUUGGGGAGCUCACCCCUGAGCAUGAGCGCAGAAUGAAGCGGCGCUUGGAUGACCCAGAGUCACCGGUGUAUGCAGCCCAGCAGCGUCGGCUCCCUGGCGGCACCGAGGCCUUUCCGCACCAGCACCGAGUGCUUGCCCCUGCCCCUCCAGUGUAUGAGGCUGUGUCUGAGCCCAUGCAGUCGGCCACAGGCAUUCAGUACUCUGUGACUCCGAGCUACCAGGUUUCUGCUGUGCCACCAAGCUCUGGGAGCCAUGGGCCUGCCAUGGCAGCAGUUCACAGCAGCCACCAUCACCCGGCGGCGGUGCAGCCCCACGGAGGCCAAGUGGUACAAAGUCAUACUCACCCAACCCCACCAGUUGCACCAGUACAGGGGCAGCAGCAGUUCCAGAGACUCAAGGUAGAGGAUGCACUUUCCUACCUGGACCAGGUGAAGCUGCAGUUUGGCAGUCAGCCUCAAGUCUACAAUGAUUUCCUUGACAUCAUGAAGGAAUUUAAAUCUCAGAGCAUUGAUACUCCAGGAGUGAUCAGUCGUGUCUCCCAGCUCUUCAAAGGCCAUCCCGACCUGAUAAUGGGCUUCAAUACCUUCUUGCCCCCUGGCUACAAAAUUGAGGUGCAAACCAAUGACAUGGUGAAUGUGACAACUCCUGGCCAAGUUCAUCAGAUCCCCACACAUGGCAUACAGCCACAGCCACAGCCACCACCCCAGCAUCCUGCCCAGCCUUCAGCACAGUCUGCCCCAGCUCCUGCCCAGCCAGCUCCUCAGCCGCCACCUGCCAAAGUCAGCAAGCCUUCCCAACUGCAAGCACAUACUCCAGCCAGUCAGCAGACUCCCCCACUCCCACCAUAUGCAUCCCCACGCUCUCCACCGGUCCAGCCUCACACACCAGUGACAAUCUCGUUGGGAACGGCCCCAUCUUUGCAGAACAAUCAGCCUGUGGAAUUUAACCACGCCAUCAACUAUGUGAAUAAGAUCAAGAACAGAUUCCAGGGCCAGCCUGACAUCUACAAAGCCUUCCUGGAGAUUCUGCAUACUUAUCAGAAAGAGCAACGAAAUGCCAAGGAAGCUGGAGGCAGCUACACUCCAGCGCUCACAGAGCAGGAGGUGUAUGCACAGGUGGCUCGUCUAUUCAAAAACCAGGAAGACCUGCUGUCCGAGUUUGGACAGUUCCUCCCAGAUGCCAAUAGCUCCGUGCUUUUAAGCAAAACAACAGCUGAGAAGGUUGAUUCGGUGAGGAAUGACCAUGGAGGCACCGUCAAGAAGCCCCAGCUGAACAACAAGCCGCAGAGGCCAAGCCAGAACGGCUGCCAAAUCCGCAGGCACUCGGGCACAGGAGCCACGCCGCCAGUAAAGAAAAAGCCUAAACUGCUCAACCUAAAGGACUCUUCAAUGGCAGAUGCCAGCAAACAUGGUGUGGGGACGGAAUCCUUGUUUUUUGAUAAGGUUCGCAAGGCACUGCGCAGUGCUGAGGCUUACGAGAACUUCCUGCGCUGCCUGGUCAUCUUCAACCAGGAGGUGAUCUCCCGGGCGGAGCUCGUGCAGCUCGUCUCGCCUUUCCUGGGGAAGUUCCCUGAAUUGUUUAAUUGGUUUAAAAACUUUCUGGGCUAUAAGGAGUCUGUACAUCUGGAAACCUUCCCCAAGGAACGAGCCACCGAGGGCAUUGCCAUGGAGAUUGACUAUGCGUCUUGUAAGCGUCUGGGCUCCAGCUACCGAGCGCUGCCAAAGAGCUACCAGCAGCCCAAGUGUACGGGGCGGACACCACUCUGUAAAGAGGUUCUAAAUGAUACCUGGGUCUCCUUCCCGUCGUGGUCUGAGGAUUCCACCUUCGUCAGCUCCAAGAAGACACAGUACGAAGAACACAUUUACCGCUGUGAAGACGAGCGCUUUGAGCUUGAUGUAGUUUUGGAGACCAAUCUGGCAACAAUCCGUGUUCUGGAGGCAAUACAGAAAAAGCUUUCACGCUUGUCUGCUGAGGAGCAGGCCAAGUUCCGCUUGGAUAACACGCUUGGGGGCACGUCAGAAGUGAUCCACCGCAAAGCCCUGCAGAGGAUAUACGCGGACAAGGCAGCUGACAUUAUCGACGGCCUGCGCAAGAACCCCUCCAUUGCUGUGCCCAUCGUCCUCAAAAGGCUGAAGAUGAAAGAGGAAGAGUGGCGAGAAGCUCAAAGAGGCUUUAACAAGGUAUGGCGUGAGCAGAACGAGAAGUACUACCUGAAGUCUCUGGACCACCAGGGAAUCAACUUUAAGCAGAAUGACACAAAGGUGCUGAGGUCCAAGAGCUUGCUUAACGAGAUUGAGAGUAUCUACGACGAGCGGCAAGAGCAGGCUACGGAAGAGAACGCCAGCGCGCCUGUUGGCCCACACCUCUCCCUUGCCUACGAGGACAAGCAGAUACUGGAAGAUGCCGCUGCUCUCAUCAUCCACCAUGUGAAGAGGCAAACGGGCAUCCAGAAGGAGGACAAGUAUAAAAUCAAGCAAAUCAUGCACCAUUUUAUUCCCGAUCUGCUCUUUGCUCAGAGAGGUGAUUUGUCAGAUGUGGAGGAAGAGGAAGAGGAAGAAAUGGAUGUGGAUGAAGCGACUGGGGCAGCCAGGAAGCAUAAUGGUGUUGGCGGCAGUCCUCCCAAGUCCAAGUUGCUAUUCAGUAACACAGCAGCCCAGAAGCUGAGAGGGAUGGAUGACGUGUACAACCUCUUCUACGUCAACAACAACUGGUACAUCUUCAUGCGACUGCACCAGAUUCUCUGCCUGAGGCUGCUGCGGAUUUGCUCCCAAGCUGAACGGCAGAUUGAAGAGGAAACCCGAGAGAGAGAAUGGGAACGGGAGGUGCUGGGCAUCAAGCGAGAAAAGAGUGACAGCCCUGCCAUCCAGCUUCGUCUCAAAGAGCCCAUGGAUGUUGAUGUAGAGGAUUAUUAUCCGGCAUUCCUGGACAUGGUGCGGAGCCUGCUGGAUGGCAACAUAGACGCGUCACAGUAUGAAGACUCGCUGCGAGAGAUGUUCACCAUCCACGCCUACAUCGCCUUCACCAUGGACAAGCUGAUCCAGAGCAUUGUCCGGCAGCUGCAGCACAUCGUGAGUGAUGAGAUCUGUGUGCAGGUGACUGACCUCUACCUGGCGGAGAACAGCAAUGGGGCCACUGGCGGCCAGCUCAGCACGCAGACGUCGAGGAGCCUGCUGGAGUCCACGUACCAGCGCAAGGCUGAGCAGCUCAUGUCGGACGAGAACUGCUUCAAGCUCAUGUUCAUUCAGAGCCAAGGCCAGGUACAGCUGACCAUUGAGCUUCUGGACACUGAAGAGGAGAACUCCGAUGACCCUGUGGAGGCAGAGCGCUGGUCAGACUACGUGGAGCGAUACAUGAACUCUGACACUACCUCUCCAGAGCUUCGUGAGCAUCUGGCACAGAAACCUGUGUUUCUGCCCAGGAACCUGAGGCGGAUCCGGAAGUGUCAGCGUGGCCGUGAGCAGCAGGAAAAGGAAGGGAAGGAAGGAAAUAGCAAGAAGCCCAUGGAGAACGUGGACAGCCUGGACAAGCUGGAGUGCAGGUUCAAACUGAACUCAUAUAAGAUGGUGUAUGUCAUCAAGUCAGAGGACUACAUGUACCGGAGGACCGCCUUGCUCCGUGCCCACCAGUCUCAUGAGCGUGUAAGCAAACGACUACAUCAGAGGUUCCAGGCCUGGGUAGAUAAAUGGACCAAGGAACAUGUGCCCCGUGAAAUGGCAGCAGAAACCAGCAAGUGGCUCAUGGGUGAGGGGUUGGAGGGCCUGGUGCCCUGUACCACCACCUGUGACACGGAGACCCUGCACUUUGUGAGCAUUAACAAGUACCGAGUCAAGUAUGGCCCAGGGUUGAAAGCCCCGUGACCACAGAGCCCAAGCCCAGACUCGAGGAGUGUGGGGGCACACUUCACCCCUGAGGAAGCCGCAGGCUGCCUCUCAGGCUCCUGGGGCCUCUGGUCAAGGCCACCAUCCUGGCCAGCCGUUGGGUGCAGCCUGGCACCCCGCAGGCUCGCAUGAGGACAAGGAUGCCUGACAGCACUGCAGCUGGACCUUUGCCUGAGGCAGCGUGGGUAUCGGGAGCCCGACCGCCCAGAGGAAGGGAGGGAGGCCCAUGCCUGCAGAGGCUGGCGGCCUGCUCGCACACACCAGCAGAGCGGAGACUCCAGUUUCCUGUGGCCUGGCUGCAGCUGGGGACCAGGAGGCAUGUCGGCAGGACACGUUAGGCAGAGGCUCAAGGUUCCUGUGGGUCAGUGCUGGUGACCACUGCUCAUCUUCCCUCUACGGAAGGAGGAAAAGACUGGAUUUGAUUUUACUUUCUGAUCCCUCGAGUACACCCAAAGCCACGCGUUAGGCUUUGUCCAAGAGCCACAGUUUGGCUUUGGGGUGGAUCGUUUUGUGGGUCUGGUUCCUGGCAAGUUCUGUGUGGCCUCUCACCCCUCCUGGUUCUCCACGGCUCAGCUCCAUCAUCGUCCUCGGCCCCCGUGGACUGUUCGGUACCUGCUUCUCGACAGCCUGUCCAGUGCCAGCGCCGGCUUCACCUACACACGCACACACCACAAACACACACAUACACACACAUACACACAGUUUAAACCUGGAUUUUCGUUUUUUGUAAAUAAUGUACAUACUGUCAAUUUUUUAUUAAAAGAAAUAUGCUUUGAUGUGCUAGCAUAACUGCUCCAGCUCCUUGUGUACGAUAGUCCCGUGUGGCUUCAGAUUUAGUACCUAUGAACAGAUGUACAAGACCUUUAUUACACUUUUUACCAAAGGGAAUUCAUUGUAGUACUUUUGUGUAAAACUUGUCUCCCCCAUCCCCAAUUUUUUUUCUUUUCUUUUUUUUUCUUUUUGUAAAUAAAUAAAAGUGUGGUUCUUAA